AUGGCUGUCAAACCCAUCACUGGUAUGCUCCGACGGGGCUUGGUUAUCGACCUGAGUGUUUCAAUUGGUCUUGGUACAGCAGCUGGCUACGCCUGGUGGUACGGAUACCAUGUCCCGGCCGUGCGACACCGCGACGCUUUCUACGCGAAGAUCGAGCAAGAGAGGCAAUCGGCGUUGGCUUCUCAAUGA